AUGCGAUGGCGUUGGGCUACAUUGAGCUCAGUGCUUAUCGCAGUCCGCCCUGUGGAUGCCUCCUACAUUUCCAAGUCCCCCCAGACUAUCGAGCCAACGCGCGCUGCUGUAGCUAUGAAUCAUCUUCUCGGCAUCUCUCCAAGAAUCACAGACGCUCCUGUUCCGGACCCGCGGAGUCUGGUUGGUCGCGCUGGUGCCUUAGAAAGAGAGUCAAAUACUUGUGGUUUCUACUCGGAUGUUAGGCUACCCGUUGCUGUGUUACACAUCUACAGCUACGUGCGCAUUCGAGUCAAAGUUCGCAGCCUGCUGCGAUCGUGGCACCACUUGCAGCAGCAUAUUUACGGGAUGCUACCCAUUCUCGGAUUCCUUGAAAGGAAGCUGCGCUUCGGACAAGCUAAAGACACAGCCUCAGAUGGCCUGCUGGCAAGUGGCCCAAAUCCACGUUUCGAUAGCUCUGUACCCAAUUGUGUGCUUCAUACGCUUUUGAUUUCCUCGACAUCACUUGGAAUCUGGGGUUGUGCGACGACGACUACUGGUGAGACUAUAUACUCGACGAAACCAGUCGACAAAACGAGCUCCGAUAGUACGUCUCCUUCGAUGUCCGCAUCCAAGAGUACAUCUUCGAGUACAUCUCGAACUACAAGUUUCACGUCGGAGACUAGCGCAAAAAGCAGCACUGACAACAACGAUGGCGAAAAAAAGAGCAAUACCGGUGCCAUUGUUGGUGGUGUAGUCGGGGGCAUCGGGGGCGCCGCUAUUCUGGGAGCCGCCAUCUUUUUCUUCAUGCGUAGCCGCAAGAAGAAAUCUGUCGACAGCGGCUCUGCCACAGCGGCCACUUCGCAGCCCGUGUUUCAGCAAUACCAGCAAAGCCCUUUACCUGGACAGGGCUCGCCGUUAGGAUACCAUCCCCAGGCAGGGUCCCCCGUGUACGACCCGAACACGGCAUACAAGCAUUACCAAGGCUCUCCCCAGCCUUACCCACAGCCUUCGCAAAGUCCCUUCGACCCGCACCGAUCAGGCCAUCAGAGCUGGGGUCAGCCUUCUCCUGGACUGACUUCGUCACCUAGCCCCCUCGGUUCGCCUAACCCAGUUUCGCCCACUGCCACGACGCCAGGGCCUACGACCAUGGAACAGCAACAUGGCCAACCGGUUGAGCUUGCAGAGUCAAAUGCUGUCGGAACGUUUGCAAAUCGGGCAGAGCUGGCUUGA